UAUUGGUUUUAGUGCAAAUAUUGUAUCAUUAGAAGUUGCCAAAAAUUAAGAUUUACAUGCAUAUAUUGACCAACUGUGUCUAUGUCUAGUCCAAGAAAGCAACAAUUAGCCUUAAUAUGUCGUUUUUCUCUGCUAAUUUAAGAAACUAAAUAUGGAACAAGAAUUCCUUACUUUCAUUGUUUGUUUUCUUCUGAUUCUGAUGCUAUAAAUUUGGGGUCGACUGUACAAAUCCAUUUCAGAAUUUUAAGAGAAAGAAGGCUCUAAGCAAACAGAAUUGAGAUGCCUGCAGUUUGGUUUGCUUUGAAGAGAUCUUUGCAAUGCAAAUCAGAUCCAUUGGACGUUUAUGAUCCAAAGGGGAUUGGGAAUCUGGGCCAUAUAUCGACCAGAAAAUCAGGCAGUGGACGGUCAGGAUGUUCUAGGUCUAUUGCAAAUCUGAAAGAUGUAAUUCAUGGAAGCAAGAGACAUACAGAAAAGCCACAAAUUUGUAGUCCAAGAUCCAUUGGAAGUAGUGAACUUUUGAAUCCAAUAACACAUGAAGUGAUGUUAAGUAAUUCAACUUGUGAACUAAAGAUAACUGCUGGAUAUGGUUUCCAAGAAGGUGGUGGCGGCGGCAGUAGUGGCGUCGAUGGUGGUUUGACGUUUUUGGGCAUGCUGAAGCCGGGUACUCCGGGCCCGGGGCGACUGAAGGGAAAUAAGCCUAAAGGAUUGGCUAGUCCUAUAAGGACAUUUAGUAGCCUUUCGAGGAGGACUUCUGGAUUUGGGGUAAUUCCCACAAGGCCUAGGGCCUCUUAUGGUGCAGAUUCUAACGUGGCUUUAUUUUGCCAUAAAUGUGGUGAGCAAUUUGGUAAAUGGGACGCCGUCGAAGAACAUUACCUCUCCAAACAUGCCGUUACUGAACUUUUUGAAGGAGAGUCCUCAAGAAAAAUAGUUGAAAUAAUUUGCCGGAUGAACUGCACAAAGCCAGAUAGCAAUUGUGGUGGAAUUGAGAGGAUUUUGAAGGUCCACAACAUGCAGAAAACACUAGCACAAUUCGAGGAGUACAGAGAAUUAGUUAAGAUCAAAGCAAGCAAACUUCCCAAGAAACAUCCUCGUUGCCUAGCCGAUGGUAAUGAGCUUUUAAGGUUCUAUGGAGCAACUUUUGAAUGCAAUCUGGGCAUCAAUGGCUCCUCUAGCGUUUGUACAGCGGCUAAAUGUCCUGUUUGUCGAAUUCUGAGACAUGGGUUUUCAUUGAAAAGAGGACUAAAUGGUGGUAAUGCUGGAGUAUUCACAGCUUCGACAAGUAGUAGAGCAUUUGAAUCAAUCCAAGUAUAUGAUGAAAAUCCUUAUAUAAGAAAGGCUCUAAUAGUGUGCAGAGUUAUAGCAGGCAGAGUUCAUAGGCCAUUAGAAAAUGUCCAAGAAUUGGCUGGUCAAUCAGGAUUUGAUUCAUUGGCUGGGAAAUUAGGUCUCCAUUCCAAUAUUGAAGAACUCUACUUGCUUAGUCCAAGAGCUCUCCUUCCUUGUUUUGUGGUAAUUUACAAACCAUAAGUAGAUAUGGAUGAAAUUUUCCAAUCUACCUUACCAAAUAAGCCAUAAAAGAAAGUGUGAGCACUUAAGUCAUAUUUUAGUAAGUUUUGUGAAUGCAACUAUUAUUUCCAAGGAGAGCGUGACAUACUGAUCGUUGGAUUUGCUUAAUCUAAAAGACACGAUUAUUUGUCAAAAAUACUAGUCAAAUUCAUGUGUAGGAUGAACGUUUCCUUAUUUCCAGUUAUCCACUGUUUUUUGUUUACAUUUUGUAGACUUCUGUUUAUAAAAGUCAUU